AUGGGCGCAGGCAGCAGCUCCGAGCUGCCCAUGAGCCAGAUCGACUUCGACUCGUACACGGGCAAGCGCUACACCGUGGAGGUGCCCAACACGCGCGAUGCCACGCACGGCCCCGCCUACGAGGUGGCGGACAAGGAGCCGGUCAACGAGGACGAGAUGACGCUGUACCACAACUUCCUGCGGGGCUGCAGCAUCGAGCAUGGCACUAGGCCGCUGUAUGGGCGCCGGACGGUGGACGCAGACACGGGCAAGGCCGGCGCGUUCGAGUGGCUCACGUACAACGAGGUGAAGACGCGCGUGGAGCGCGUGGCCAGCGGCUUGAAGGCGGUCGGAGCGCUCGAGCGACAAGACGUGGUCGGCGUCUUCUCCAAGAACCAGCUCGAGUGGUGCCUCGUGGCGCACGCGUGCGACCGCAUGAGCUACGUUCUCGUGCCGCUCUACGACACGCUGGGCCCCGACGCGGUGCCCUUCAUUGUCAACCACACGGAGCUGCGCGUGCUCUUCUGCGGCAAGAAGCAGUUCGAUGUGGUCAUGGACUGCGUCAAAGACUGCCCAACGCUCAAGACCAUCGUGCAGUUCGAGCCGGUCACGGAGCAGCAGAUCCAACAAGCCGCGGCCAAGAACCUGGAGCUGCGCAGUCUCGAGGAGCUCGAGCUGCUCGGCGAAGCGGAUCCGAAGCGAGCAGACCCACCAAAGCCGACGGACGUGUCGACGCUGUGCUACACGUCGGGAACGACCGGUGACCCCAAGGGCGUGAUUCUGCUGCAGCGGAACUACGCGUAUGUCGUGCGGCAGAUGUGCAAGCGGAUGCAGAUUUUCCCCUCGGACGUGCACUGUUCCUACCUGCCGCUGGCUCACGUCUUCGAGCGCUCUGUUCUAGGUGUUCUUCAGGCCCAUGGAGCUUCUGCGGGCUUCUACCAGGGCGAUCUGCUCACGCUCAUGGACGACCUAGUGGAGCUAAAGCCCACGGUCUUCGUGUCCGUGCCUCGACUCUUCAACCGCGUGUACGACAAGAUCACGCAGGGUGUGGCUGCUGCUGGUGGACUCAAAAAGAUUCUCUUCGAUCGAGCGCUCGCCGCUAAGCUUGCGGGUCUGCCUGAAGGACACAAGACGCACGCGUUGUGGGACGCACUAGUGUUCUCCAAGGUCCGUUUGGCGCUUGGCGGUCGUGUGCGUCUCAUCUUCUCCGGUUCGGCUCCGCUGAGCGCGGAGGUGAAGGAGUUUAUGAAGGUCGUCUUCUGCUGCGAUGUGGCGGAGGGCUACGGGCUCAGUGAGACCGCCGCUGCAGUGACGGUGGGCUCGGUCGACAUGCCCAUGGGGCCUCACGUCGGCUGCCCACUCAUCUACGGCCAGGUGCAGCUCGAAGACGUGCCCGAAAUGGGCUACACGAGUCGCGACAAGCCUCGGCCUCGAGGAGAAAUCCUCGUGAAGGGGCCCAUGAUAUUCUCAGGAUACUACAAGGAGCCCGAGAAGACUCGCGAGGCAAUUGAUGAGCGCGGAUGGUUCCACACGGGCGACAUCGGCUGCUGGAAUGCCGACGGCACGCUCAGCAUCAUCGACCGCAAGAAGAACAUCUUCAAGCUGGCGCAGGGCGAGUACGUGGCUGCCGAGAAGAUCGAGAACAUCUACGCCAAGAGCAAGUACGUGGCUCAGAUCUUCGCCUACGGAGACUCGCUGCAGAGCUGCUUGGUGGGGAUUGUGGUGCCAGACCCGGAGACGGCCGAGGCUUGGGCUCAGGAGAAGGGGUUGACUGGCGCCGACGCCUCGGCCGCGAAGGUGGCGACGAACCCCGAGUUCCAGAAGGCCGUGCUGGCGGACAUGGCUCGCGUGGCCAAGGAGGCGCAACUGCGCGGCUUCGAGUUCGUCAAGAGCGUCCACUUCCACCCGGAGCCCUUCUCGCUGGAGCAGGGGCUGAUCACCCCCACGUUCAAGCUCAAGCGCCCGCAGCUCAAGGCGCACUUCCAGCAGCAAAUCAACAUGCUCUACGAAGGACUCAAGUAAAAGAGGCG